AUGACUGGAUUUUAUUCUGUUGCUGUUGGAAUGUUAUUUGUUAUUUCAGGUUUUUUUGGAUUAUUUGCUUCUGGAUGGAGGUCUUACGUUUCUUCACUAUUUUUUGCCGUUUCUCUUGCUCUUUCAUGUACAAUUGCAGUUGCCGUCAAUGGAGGUGGACUUAUUCUUCCCCAAUACUUUUUUUUGUUAGACUCAGACCAAGAUGCUUUAAAAAUUGGUGGAUUAACACUAAAUCCAAACAAUUAUUGGUUUGGAAUUGGUUUAUUUUAUUUAACAUUGGUAUAUAUUCCAUUAUUAAGUUUCGCUGUUUGUAAUGCUUGUACUAUUGGUAAAGUGAUUGAACGAGCUAAAAAAAGAAAACGUCGUGAAGAAGAAAAGAAGAAACGAAAAGAUGGUUUCUUUAUGUACAGGGGAAAUACUCUGAAAAACAGAAUUCGCCCAGAGGAUUUUGGUAGAAUAAGGGCUGAAUUAAAUAAGUCUGUUCAUACUUCAUUACCACCCUCUUCUCCAGUCAAAGAAGUCAAAAUAGUUGUUGAGCCAUAA